AGCUGUGUGAAAACCAAACAAAUGAGCAGAGAACUAAUGACAAGGUGAUGAGUGGGACAGACAUGUGACCUAGCAUUCAUAGCUGUUUCCACUGUUCUUAUCUCUCUCAUUCCAAAACACAUCCAACAUGUCAUAAAUGCUUCAUUUCAAAUGACUAAAGUAUUUUUAGGUGCUCUACGAUAGCUCUUUUGCACUAACUUUGCUCAAACAACAAAUGAAUGACGUGCAAUGACUUUUGCACACUACUAUAAAUGGCCAGUCUAAAAGUUGAGAAAAAAAACCAUCACUUUUUAUGAACUUGGUGUCAGGGUGAUAAGAUUGAUUUGUGAGCAAAUUGUCUUUGGCGCGGUGUUCCCAGCUCAUCAAUUCAAAAUAAAGGCGUGUUGAGGGCACACAGGGGAGGCUUUAAAUUGGGAGCCAAGUGCCUUUUUUUCUUCAGCUUCCUCAUCUCUUUGGCAGGUCAAGGUGUGUUGUAAAAUCUUCAAUGUUUGCUAGCUACCUCCGGGUCUUACAGGCAUGACUGUGUCCUAUACGCUUGAGGUGGCCAAUGUGAGAUUUGGCGGAUUCUCCAAGCUCUUGUUCAGGUGGAAGGGCAGCAUCUACAAGCUGCUCUACAAGGAGUUUCUCCUCUUCUGCGGAGUCUACCUAUUUUUCAGUGUGCUCUACAGAUUAAUGCUCACACCCAAGCAGCAGGAUGUGUUUGAGCGUAUCGCCCUUUACUGUGACCAGUUCACCAACACCAACUUUAUCCCGGUUCUCUUUGUGCUCGGCUUCUACGUAACGUUGGCGUUCAAUCGUUGGUGGGGUCAAUACACCAGCUUCCCGCUGCCCGACAACCUGAUGAUGGUGGUCUCCGGGAACGUCCACGGAGCCGACGAGAGGGGCCGCAUGUUGCGGCGCACUCUCAUGCGAUAUGCCAACCUGGCGUCAGUACUGAUCCUGCGCUCUGUCAGCACCAGAGUGCGCAAGCGCUUCCCCACGCUGGAGCACGUGGUGGAGGCCGGCUUUAUGACAUCACACGAGCUGAAGAUUUUGGAGUCGCUGCAUUCGGACUUCAACAAGUAUUGGAUGCCGCUCACCUGGUUCGCCAAUCUAGCAUCCAGAGCGAGAGAGGAGACCCGCGUGAGGGACGACAUUGCUUUGAGACUCCUCAUGGAUGAGCUGAAUAACUACAGGGCCAAAUGCAGUCUCUUGUUCCAUUAUGACUGGAUCAGCAUCCCUCUGGUCUACACUCAGGUGGUGACGUUGGCCGUUUACUCCUUCUUCGCUUUGUGCGUCGUCGGCCGUCAGUUCCUGAGCCCGGAAAAAGGCUACAAGGACCACAAGCUGGACCUGUACGUGCCCGUCUUCACGCUGCUGCAGUUCUUCUUCUAUGCCGGAUGGCUCAAAGUGGGAGAGCUGAUCAUCAACCCGUUUGGAGAGGAUGACGACGACUUUGAGACCAACCAGCUGAUUGACAGAAACAUUCAGGUGUCAAUGCUGGCUGUGGAUGACAUGUACCAGAACCUUGCACCCCUGGAGAAAGACAAGCACUGGGCCCAACAACAUUUUUCCAUCCCUUACACUGUGUCCACUGCAGCAGAUGGCCUCAGACCAGCUUUCAAAGGCUCCACCUUUGAUAUGAGGAUGAGCUUGGAGGAUCUCGAGCUGGAACGACCUACUGAUACGUUCCCUCUGCAAGGCUCCUCACUGGACAAUCGCAAAGACGGCCUCCUGAAGGGCUGCAGCCUCCCGUCGCUACUCAAUGUGCCGACACAUCAGUUUAUGGAGGACGUCAACGAGGAUGAGAUCCCGCUUGCGGAAGAAAUGAUCAAAGUCGAAACUAACUAGGACAUGAUCUGUCUGGACAGCCUCCCUCAAAAAAUGCUCAACAUGGCUUCCACUUUGUUAAUAUUUGAUUCAUUGUGCCAGCAUGGUCACCUUUUGCUGUUCCCUCUUAAAUUGAAUCCAAUUGGCACCAGUUUGGAGUGAUACGCAAUUGACAGGUUAAGAUCAAGUAACUGCCGACAGGGGGCGCCGUAGUGAGUCAGCUAAUAUUUGCAGUAAUGAAAGCAGAGUUCAUCAAAACACAUUUAAUUGAAUAACAUUCAGAUGAGACAUCAUAGUCACACGUUUCGAUUUGAAUACUCUAGCCUCCUAAUAAAACUGUCCAAAUGAUGAAUCUUAGUCACCUCUGGGGGAGGGAGGGAGAGAGGGAGGGAAGGAGGGAGGGAGGGACAGUCUUCGCUCAUCAUCAUGAGUCCAAAUCACUACAAAGGAGAAGCAAAUAUUUAAGCAAAGUGAAGCGCGCCUGACAUUUGCAUUUAAGGAGAAUGGUAGCAAUGUUCCAGGACUUUAGUCAGGUUCUAUAAACUGGAUUGUAAAGAAACCUGUGCCAGUCCUGAUAUUUUCUUCCCCAAUAUAAAGUCACAGCAGAGAGGGUUGUCCCUGGCAUGGCAAAGCACAUUUGGGGAUUUACAUGUGCAAUUUAAAAGAAAAAGAAAGAAAGAAAGAAUAUA